CGUCUCUUUCGGGCCUCCACUCCUAUCUGCCUUUUAUGCGGAUUUUAUGGCGAGCGGUAGCGGGGCAGCGCUGGUUCACCUCCUCUCACUACACUGACCCGUAGCUAACCUCUUCAGGACGCUUAUUUUGGUCACUAUUGGAAGGAAGGUGGCAAAGGUGUUCACUGAAUUGUACCUCAGGUCAUUGGAGGAUUUGAGUGUUUUCUCUCCUGGUGUGGACAGGACCGGACUUUGUUCUGUGCUCUUUUUCUUUCUUCUGUUGUGGCCUUAGCUGGUCUUUGAGAAGAGCUGCCAUUCGAUGGCUCUAAUGGACAAACACAAAGUCAAGCGACAGAGACUGGAUCGCAUCUGUGAAGGCAUUCGCCCUCCUAUCCUUAAUGGGCCCAUGCACCCCCGCCCACUAGUGGCAUUGCUGGAUGGCCGCGACUGCACAGUGGAGAUGCCCAUCCUGAAGGAUGUGGCCACUGUUGCGUUCUGUGAUGCGCAGUCCACUCAGGAGAUCCACGAAAAGGUUCUUAAUGAGGCUGUGGCUGCAUUGCUGUACCACACCAUCACACUCUCACGAGAUGACCUUGAAAAGUUUAAAGGGCUUCGGGUCAUUGUGCGAAUCGGCAGCGGCUUUGACAACGUGGAUGUCAAAGCUGCAGCAGAGCUUGGUAUAGCAGUGUGUAAUGUGCCAGCUGCAUCUGUAGAGGAGACGGCAGACACUUCCAUGUGUCUGAUUUUGAACCUGUACCGCCGGGUCACCUGGAUGCACCAGGCCUUGCGGGAGGGCACUCGAGCCACCAGCGUAGAGCAGAUCAGGGAGGUGGCUGGAGGUGCUGCCCGCAUUCGAGGAGAGACGUUGGGCAUUAUUGGCCUUGGGCGUGUGGGUCAGGCAGUGGCUUUGAGGGCAAAAGCCUUUGGUUUUGGAGUCAUCUUUUAUGACCCAUACCUAGCUGAGGGGGUAGAGAGGUCACUUGGGCUCCAGCGAAUGGCCACCCUGCAGGACCUGCUUAUCCACUCAGACUGUGUAUCCCUCCACUGCAGCCUGAACGAACACAACCACCACCUCAUCAACGACUUCACCAUCAAACAGAUGCGUCAGGGUGCAUUCCUGGUCAACACUGCGCGAGGAGGGCUGGUAGAUGAGAAAGCUCUGGCUCAGGCACUGAAAGAGGGAAGAAUACGGGGAGCAGCUCUGGACGUCCAUGAGACAGAGCCCUUUAGUUUCUCUCAGGGCCCUCUGAAGGAUGCCCCUAAUCUGAUUUGCACCCCACACACAUCCUGGUACAGUGAGCAGGCCUCCAUUGAGGCAAGGGAGGAGGCAGCACGGGAAGUACGCAGAGCUAUCACAGGUCGUAUCCCAGAUAGUCUGAAGAACUGUGUGAAUAAGGAGUAUCUGAUGGCAGCUUCUCAGUGGUCAUCUAUGGAAGCUGCCACUGUGCAUUCUGAACUCAAUGGAGCUACAGCCUACAGGUUUCCUGCAGGUCUGAUUGGUGUGGCCCCGGGUGGUCUGCCUGGUGCAGGGGCAGGAGUAGAAGGAAUGGUGACAGGGGCUCUGCCUCUGGCCCAUGCCAUUGCACCAGUUUCACACCCACCACACACCCCCUCACCUGGGCAGCCAUCGAAGGCAGAGGCUGACAGAGACGUCCCUUCUGACCAAUAGCAUCCCAACACAUUCCAUCGUUGCCCCAGCGAUGCCCUUUCUCUUUUUGUAGGGCUGAAACCAUGACGAUGCCCUGCUUUUGAUGUGACCCUCCCGGGUUAAACCAGUCCAACAGAACACAAGUAUAAGCCCAGAAAGUGACCCACUCAAAAACUAAUUUCCCUGCAAGUUCCCUUUUACUUGUUGUAUCUUAUUUUUUCCCCCCACUUGUGCAGUAAGCAAUAACUCUUCUCAAGGAUUCAGUAAUUGAUUUUCUUUUUGUUAGCUUUUGAAAUCCCCGUUUUAUUUGUUUUUUUAUGCUUCUUUUGAAUAUACUCUGGGCUAGUUGGAGUUUGUUUCUGAGUAGUGUCUCUUCUACCUGACUUUUUUUUUUCUGUUUUAACAGUAUAGUGAAGAAGGCAGGAAACCUUUUUUUUUUUUUUUUUUUUUUUCUCACCUCCCUUAACUCCAUACAUUUGUGAUCUUUCUCAGAUCCCUUCAUUAGCAUAGUUUUUUUUUCUGGCCAUGGUUCUUAGGGACAGCCAACAUCAGCAACUCCUUUCACAGCAUAAUGGUGAAAUUACAUGACGUCUACAAACUGCCUGUGGCCAAUGGUAACUCGGUCCACUUGGUGAACUCCAACACAUUGGGUUCCACUCUUCUCUUCACAUCGAGGACAUCCUGUAGAACUCUGUUCAUCCUCUCUUUCUGAAGGACGAGUGCAGAAAAUGAGAGAGCAUGGUCCCCCACCUUCAAGCUGCUUGGGGAUUUAUUUGGUCAUAUACUUCACUGUAUCCGUAAUGUAUGGAUGGACGAGACACAGGUCUAUGUAAGAGCAUCAUAAACAUGACGUCUUUUUCUGUACAGCUCUUUUAUUGACUUCCAUAACCAGUGUAUCCAGUUUUCCAUGUCAGUUGUAAACUAUUUGAGUGUGAAACACGGUAUUGAUGCGAUGGACAGUUGCUGUAGUCGGGGUCAUAUUCAGCGCAAGCUUGUUUUGCAUCUUUUGAAUCGGAGCUUAAUUUUAUACGACGCAGUUGCUGAUCUAUUGGGAGUGUAUGAAAUCUGCUCUGUUAAUUAUAUUUGUAUUAAACUUGCCAUGUUUAUGAUUCUCUUAAAGACCUUGUGUUCGAAGAUAUACAGUAACCUGUUUGCCGCUGAUUAUAUCAUUACUUUCACUGUUUAAAUUUAUGAAGACUUGGGAAGGAAAUGGAAGUACAUUUUCAGGCUUCAGGUGGCUGAAGGCUGUAUACUCACUCGCAGUACAUCAUGACAUAUCGUUCCUUGUCUCUGUGCUGUUUUGUUUUGACAGACUACUUUUUCCCGAAAGCGUCAGCCUGCGUGUUGGGGAUGUCUUUUCUGUCUUCUGUUUUUAUAUUCAACAGCAUGGGCUCCUGCUUUGCUUCAGAUAUAUUUCUUUCCUUCCUGCUAAACUUAACAUUAUCACCAUGAUAUGCUUAGCUACCCUCCCAAUACCCCUCCCCCUGCUUUUGCUCUCACUGUUCCCCUCUCACUCUCUGAUAUGUGUCCUUCCUGCCUGUGCCUCCCUGGGUGACGAGGCCUUCUCUUUAUUGAUGCAGCGUUACAUUCGUGUCCACCCUCCCCUUUGUUUCUUCCUGGCUUUUCUUUCUGCUCCUGCUCUUCAUGACGUGACUGUGUAGGAAGCCAGCCCUGCCCUUGCUCUGCCAGGCACUUGAGUGAAGAUGAGACUUCUUACGUAAACGUGCACACAAGGCUGCGCAAUAUGGACAAAAACAUAACAUGAAGGCUGAGGUGUUGCUACAUGUAAUGAUGCCUUGCAGUAAGUAUAUUAAACACAUCGCUGAACCUUUGAUGUAAUGCGUUUGAAGAUUGGUCUGCAUUAUUUUUGUUGACCACCAUGAUUUUUGGUGUAGUCAUUUGUCAGAACAUCUACAGACACACUCAUCUGAACUAUUUUAUUAGGAGGAUAAAAUUCGGUUGAAAGCUCAUUUGCAAAUUGCAGCUGCUUGCAAGAGAUCAGUAUCGCCAAGGCCAAAAAAAUCACAUGCAGUGAGCGAUAUCUUGUGCAGCCCUUACAUACAGCUCAUGCAAACCUCUUGCAACAAUGUGAACAUCUUUUGUUUUUGUCUUUUGGAUACAUGGCUAAGGUCCUUGUUUUUUGCCUUACUCUCUUCUUGGUCAAAGAUCUCCAAGCUGGUUGCACAGUCUUUGCUUUGCAUCUCUGUAAUGCAUGGUGUCACCAGUAGGUGGCAGCGACAGUGUGAUUUUUCACCUUCAUUUUGCCUGGCACUGAAUAGUACUUUUGGAGAGUUUCUAUAAAGGAAGGCAACUGCCUGUUAGAGCUUUGCUGUUAGCUCUGUUGAGAUGGAGACGGAGGUAGGCAGAGCUUGACCGUACCACUCCAUCUCUCAACAGUCAGUUCGGCUUGCUUCCAAAGACUUGCAGUAGGGCAGUGGCAGGUACACAAUCUGUCUCUUCAGCAGUUACAGGUUAAAAAGGAAACCCUGAGACAACAAAGCCCACAUUUUCUAAUGCAGGUCUAUCAAGGUUGGCCUUUUCCUCUUGGCCUGCUGAUUUAUUUUUCUUCUUUAGCAGUUCUAUAGACCUGACUCUGUACCCAGCGAAAGGAGCACAGAAGAUUUUAGGGUGAGAGUUUGGAUGACAGACAAAACCAGUCACUUUCCAAAGGGGGAAACGCAUCCCCAGGUUGCGUCUCUUAACUCUGAAUACUGUUCUGCAUCAAGGGAAAACCUUUCUAGUACCUCAGUAACAGAUAUUGAAUGUAUGCUCUACUCUUUAGUUAUUUUUUUUUUUCUUGGGCUUGUACAGCAUUUUUAGAUGGUAGUUUCCUAUUUCCCAGAACAGUAUGUGUGUGUGGGUGUGCGUGUGCGUGUGUGUUUGCAGCUUAUCCAAUACACCAGAGUUGGUUUUUCCUUGUUAGCAUAGGACAUCCACUAAUUUGAUUAGACACAGUUUGAAUCUCAUUAAUUUUAAUUUUAAUUUUAGCGCUUUCCCUGUCUUUUGAUUUGUAAUCAAUGAGCACAAAUCUGCAUCAUUCAUUUACUGUGGGGAUGUAUGUGUAUCAGUGAGUUGUGUAUGAUUAAUUGUGGGGACCGGGGUCUGAUAAGCUAGGUAAAUAGUGCAUUUGGAAAUAAACUCUAAUUAUAGGACUUAAGCAGUUGCAUACUUCUAAGGCUAUUCUUUCAGGCACAGAUUUAGCCUAAUCAUGGACUGAAUUACUUUGUUAAUGGUGUUAUUUUUUUUUUCUUUUUGUUUUCUUGGAAACCUCCAAUGUGGGUCAGGCCUAAACUAAAAAUGUGUCCCCUAAGGUUCCUUGUUGCCUUGUAUCCCACACCUUAAAUGCAGUUGUUUUAAAUCCAUGAUUUCCCCCCUCAUGAAUGAAUGGAAUGGUUCUUGUGGAAUAUUGCAUGUUCAUAUGAGCUAGAAACAAGAUGCAAUAUAGGAAACCUUUUUGGAUGACUUGGUGUCUUCUUGGUAUCCCCUCCCUCUUUGCCACAUCUUUGAUGUUCAGUUUUUGGUGACCUGUAGCUCUCCUGGACUGAAGUAACACCCUUUUCUACCCAUGUCCCAAGUUUCUAGCUCUUGUUCAAGUUUGUCCUUUGGUAUAUAAUAUAUUUUGGAACGCUAUCACCUUUUUUUGACUUCUGAGCAUAAUUUUUUUUUUUUUUUUUUUUUUUUUUUUUUGGCCAUCAUUGGCAUCAUCUGUUGGCAUCAGCUGUGCACUAUAUGUUUAAACUUGUGUAUAAUUUUUAGUUCCGUUUGUAUUGCUCAGUGUUCAACAUGUUGUAUGGAAACAUUUCAAAAAAAGACCUUUAUCAUCUUUGUUGUUCGCCUUGCAGGCUCAAACGUCCUUCCCAGCAGCUAAUGUAAUGGGCCUUACUCCUGCAGUCUGCACUCCAGCGUAGUCAUCGUGUAGCCCCUCAUUGCCUUAAUGUCGUAGACCUGUGGUUAACAAUUUUUGUCCUGAAAAAGCCUUGGCUUCGAUGUUUUACUGUUUCUCCUUUCUCUGUUGAUCAGGGAAACAAAGGUGGUCCCUACCAAGGACACUUUUGAUUCCUUUUGUUGUGAGUGCAGCGAAUUACAGUUGAACUAAUCGUGUUAAACUGGGGAAAUUUGCUUUAAAACAGUGCAGGUCAGGGGUUCUUCAGGACCAGGGUCAUAGGCUGCAAUUGGCUUGGUGACGUCCCGACCCAGCCAACACCCCCGCCCCCACCCCAUCCUCGGUUCAACAACUACAAUACACGUGCAAGAGAGGAAGUUUUCUUUAGCCAUUCUCCUCUGAAAGGUCACAGCUCUGUGUGCUGUACGCAUACUUCCAGAGAACCCAACUGGCUUUCGCUUUGAAGUGUGAAAUGGGCUCAAGUCAGGGUGCUGUCAAAGACCCUUUCAGGACAUGCUGGCCAUGGCUUAAACUCCAGUUCUGUAAAGGGAGGACGUAGCAGAGAGGAGAAGCCGUGAUCCAGGAGCCACCGCUUUCUCUCUCAGGGUUUCAGAUGCGCAUGCACACACUUUCUCCAGCAGUCUGCGAGUCGCUCGACCCCAAAACUUCAGCACAAAGGCCGUCUACAGCUCCAGACCGUUCUCAAUUCAGUCCCUCCUGUCCGCAGCGAGUCCGCGUCCUACGAUAACGUCUUUCUUUCUUCUCUUUUACUUUUUUGUUUUUCCCUUCUUGGCAUAAUUUUGUCGCACUGACAUCUAACAAUGAAAGGAUGAAUGUUUUAAUUGAACUGUGUGUAAUGUUGAAAUUGGGAAAUGUAUUUUUACAACAUGUGAACUUUUUAUUCCUUUCCUUCACCACCGUUCUUUUUGUUGUGAAUUGAUUUCUUUUCCCUUCCCAUCACCAGACUGCAAAAACUACAAAAAAGGAAAAAAAAAAUCCUGUAACUAGGCUCUUAAGCUUUACUUUUGUUUUUGUUUACUUUUUUAUUAGAAAACAAUCAUGUUUGUGAUGGUAACCUCUGAUGGUAAAUUCCACAAGGUAUUUUAAUAAAAUCCUAAAGAUUAA